AUGUAUGUGAAAUGGUUUGAUACAGUAAUGUUUUACUAUGUGAUUUUAGUGUAUUUAGUGAAUGUCACUUUUUCACAUUUUUAAAUUUCCCGCCGUUCCGUCCCCGUACGUCCUGAUGUCGCAGGGAACGGAACCCAGAAGACGGACGCCGGCAUCGGCCGGAGGAAAUUGCCGGGGACACUGCAGGAGGGACAUCGCGAGAGUGCAGGACAAGGUAAGUGAAGAAGAGAUCACGGAGCAGCGCUGCAGGGUAUUCCUGAGUGUAGUCGGGGUUACCGCUUGUGCUACACUCGGGAAUACCUCCAGGGAGGUU